AUGGCGGCCUCUCCAAGGCCUGUUCUCCGCCUGCUCCUCAUGUCUUACACACGACUGCCCCAGGCUGCCAGACCCCACUGCUUGCCUCCAGGCCGACUGCCGCUGCCUGCAGCUGCUCUGGCCCCAGGAUCCCUGGGUGCCGUGGCCUUGGCCUGGGCACUCAUGCCCUCCAGCACCAUGGACCCCGCGCGGCCCCCACCACAGCCAGAUCCCCAGUUCGUGCUCCGGGGCACCCAGUCGGCCGUCCACGCGCUGCACUUCUGCAGCGAAGCCCGUAAUCAGGACCGCCCGCUCCUUCUCUCGGGGUCCCUGAGUGGCCUCGUGCACAUCUGGAGCCUGCAGACGCGGAGGACGCUCGCCACCCUGGAUGGCCACGGGGGCCAGUGUGUGACCUGGCUGCAGACGCUGCCCCAUGGGCCCCACCUUCUCAGCCAGGGCCGGGACCUGCGGCUGUGCCUUUGGGACCUGGCGGAGGGCCGGAACGCCGUCGUCGACUCUGUGCGCCUCGAGAGCGUGGGCUUCUGCAGGAGCUGCAUGCUGGCCAUGGCUCAGCCACGCUGGAUGCUGGCCAUGCCGGGGAGAGACAACAGUGAGGUUGAGAUUCUGGAGAUGCCAUCCAAGACGUCAGUGUGCGCCCUGAAGCCAGGGGCGGGUGCCAAGCCGGGCAUGCCCAUGUGCCUGAAGCUGUGGCAGGCCGCCUCCAGCCCCCGCCCACACCUGCUGGCCGGCUAUGAGGAUGGAUCUGUGGUCCUGUGGGAUGUCUCCGAGAGGAAGGUGUGCAGCCGUGUCGCCUGCCACACGGAGCCGGCCCUGGCCCUUGACUUUGACUCCCAGAAGGCCCGGGGCGUCUCGGGCUCGGCGGAGAAGGCGCUGGCUGUCUGGAGCCUGGAUGAGCAGCAGGCCCUGAAGGUGUGCAGAACUCAGGAGCUCACCAAUCCUGGCGUAGCUGACGUCACACUCCGGCUCGAUCGCAAGCUCCUGGCGACAGCAGGCUGGGACCACCGUGUCCGCCUCUUCCACUGGAGGACGAUGAAGCCACUGGCUGUGCUGGACUUCCACACGGCGUCUGUCCACUGUGUGGCCUUCGCCAAUGACGGCUUGCUGGCCGCGGGGUCUGGGGACCAGCGCAUCAGUGUCUGGUCACUCUACCCAAGCACGUGA